GGCGGCGUGAGGAGGCCGCCUCGGUGCGGUUCUCGCUUUCUGCCCCCCUCCCGCUGCCGAGCGUGAGGCGACUCGCCCAGGGGAGACACGCGCGGGGCGUGCGCGGCAAGAUGGCAGCGCUGGCCCUCAGAAACGCGUGAGGCAGCCGCCGCUCUGCUCCAGGCCGAACAGCCCCGGCUUUCUCAGCCUGUCCUCACAGGAGAGGUGCUCCAGCCCUCUGAUCGUCCUCAUGGCCCUCCUCGGGACCUGUUCCAACAGGUCCACAGCCUGCUUGGGGUACCUUGCAAGUAGUAGAUGUGGCCAGUAUGUUGACAUUGGGAUUCUAGCAUCUGAUUUGCAGAAAACGUACAGUGCCGAAUAUGGACGAAGAAAAAGAAAUGCUUUUAGAAUACAAGUUGAAAAAGUGUUUGGAAUAAUCAGUAAUGAAAAAGAACAUGAAGAUUUAACAGUUUUAGAAGCUGAACAUGUGGCCAAAAAAGCAAGACGUGGAGAAGAGAAAAAUGAGACUGCAGGAAGUACCACAGAUAUCUCUGAUGAUGAUGAUGAUUAUCCAGAAGAUCUAUCUACAAAUCAUAUGAACAAUUCCCUGCUGACGUUAUACAAGAAAGGAAAUCCUGAUUCUGUUCCAGCCACUCCAAAAAAUGAACCAGUGGAAACCUCUUCUCCUGUGCAAACAGCACCUCAGAGAAGCACCCUUUCAUCAGGAUCCUGUGCUGAAACUCGGAUCUCUGAAGGUGGCUGGUUCAUUGAUAAAACUCCAUGUGGAAAAGACUUUUUCAUUGACCUUUCUGAGGAUGGAGAAGGAGAUGAGAAGAAAUUGACUUCUGAGAAGUCAACAGAAUUUUCUGUCUUGGAGAGUGAAAAAAAGAAGACAAAGGGUAAGAGAGCAAAAAGAAAAAAAGAAGAAGUUCCAGAUGUAGAUGGAGAAAUUAAUUCCAUCCUACUUAAAGGGAAAGUUACAAGUAAGGGACCAGAGCUUUACCACCCUUCAGUGAAGUUUGAGGAUGUAGGAGGCAAUGAUGAAACUUUGCAGGAAAUAUGCAAGAUGCUGAUCCAUGUUCAUCAUCCCGAAGUCUAUAACCACUUAGGUGUGGUUCCACCUCGGGGUUUUCUUCUACAUGGACCGCCAGGAUGUGGAAAGACGCUACUUGCACAGGCUAUUGCUGGGGAACUUGAGCUCCCGAUGUUGAAAGUGGCAGCAACAGAAAUGGUGUCUGGAGUGUCAGGAGAAUCUGAGCAGAAACUGAGAGAAUUGUUCGAGCAGGCUGUGUCCAAUGCACCGUGUGUCCUUUUCAUUGAUGAGAUUGAUGCGAUCACUCCAAAAAGAGAAGUUGCAUCGAAGGACAUGGAGCGGAGAAUUGUUGCCCAGCUCCUAACUUGUAUGGACGACUUGAAUAAUUUGGCUGCCACUGCCCAGGUCCUUGUUAUUGGAGCAACUAACAGACCUGAUUCUUUGGACCCUGCACUGAGGCGAGCUGGGAGAUUUGAUCGAGAAAUUUGUUUAGGGAUACCAGAUGAAGCAGCAAGAGAAAAAAUUCUUCAGACACUGUGUCGAAAACUUAAGCUCCCAGAGUCCUUUGACUUCCUUCAUUUAGCCCGUCUGACUCCAGGUUAUGUAGGUGCUGACCUGAUGGCACUUUGUCGAGAGGCAGCUAUAUGCACAGUGAACAGGGUCCUGAUAAAAUCUGGGAAGUGGCAAAAGAACUACGUACAGGCAAGAGGAAACACAGCUGAAGAAAGCGUGGGAAUAGGAACAGAAAUCCAGGUGGAAGAGGAUGCCAAACAGCUACAGCUUCCUUCUAAGGUUGAAUUACAGAGACUUUUGGAUUUGCUGAAGAAGCAAGACCCUUUGCCUGAGGAGCAGCUGCAGAAGCUGUGCAUUGAGAUGAAUGAUUUUAUUGUUGCGUUGUCAUCAGUGCAACCCUCUGCCAAGAGAGAAGGCUUUGUCACAAUUCCUGAUGUAACAUGGGCAGAUAUUGGAGCCCUGGAAGAUGUUCGGGAGGAGCUGGCUAUGGCAAUAUUGGCACCUGUGCGGAACCCAGAGCAGUUUAAAGCUCUGGGCCUGACUACUCCAGCUGGUGUUCUGCUUGCAGGGCCUCCUGGGUGUGGCAAAACGCUAUUGGCUAAGGCUGUCGCAAAUGAGUCCGGACUGAACUUCAUAUCUGUGAAAGGUCCCGAACUGCUAAAUAUGUAUGUUGGUGAAAGUGAACGUGCUGUACGUCAGGUAUUCCAGCGUGCCAGGAAUUCAGCCCCUUGUGUUAUAUUUUUUGAUGAAGUUGAUGCUUUGUGCCCUCGGAGAUCUGACCGUGAAUCAGGAGCCAGUGUUCGAGUAGUUAACCAGUUACUCACAGAGAUGGAUGGUCUGGAGAAUCGUCAGCAGGUUUUCAUUAUGGCUGCCACAAACAGGCCAGAUAUAAUUGACCCAGCUAUCCUGCGUCCUGGUAGACUGGAUAAAACACUCUAUGUGGGUUUGCCACCGCCUGAAGAUCGACUUGCUAUUCUAAAGACAAUCACCAAAGAUGGCACCCGGCCUCCACUAGAUAUGGAUGUAAACCUUGAAGAAAUUGCUUACAGUCAACAUUGUGAUUGUUAUACAGGUGCAGACCUUUCUGCUUUAGUACGUGAGGCUUCAAUUUGUGCAUUGAGACAGGAAAUGGCCCUGUGGGAUAGUAAAAGCAAGAAAGGAGAAAUCAGGAUUUCCCAUAAACACUUUGAAGAAGCUUUUAGGAAAGUGAAAUCUUCAGUAUCAAAAAAGGAUCAGAUAAUGUAUGAAGAAUUGCGUCAGUCACUGUGCAGGUGACACAUCUGGACAAUUCCUAGAAGAGUCUUAUUCUACAUGGAGUUUUUUAAUAUCUGCACCAGAUUUCAAGAGACAGGUUGGAAAGAAGCUGUACCACAUCUCCCUCAACUUUUUACGCAGCACCUGAAAAAAAGUCAUAAUCAACUGCUGUAAACAAUCCUUAGUUUAACUACUUACAGAAUAAAAGAUACAAUUUCUAC